UAACAGAGCGCGGCGAACGACUUUACAAAGUAACUUACAAUUAAGCGUAAUAUCGAACGAAUUUCUCUCGCGAGACCUAAGACAGCAUUUCUCGUGUACGUCACUGUGCCAAUGGUCGAAGUUAGGCGGCAAAACACCGUCCGGACUUGCAUUUCGAACGCAUAGCCGAGGUUCAGUGUCAGUCAACACCGGCCUUUGAACAGGUACGCGACCGUCCGGGAACUGUUUCGCCAACCUCAACCUGCUUCUAGCUCCAUAAACAACGACCAAUUCAGUUUUCUGACACAGUUCAACGGGCUGAUUACCAGCUCAGAGUGACAAAUGGCGCUUCCGGAAUGGGCAAUCUUAACGUACGACCUGCUACAAUUCGCGGGGAUGACGAUCGUUUACAUAAUCGAGGCAAUUUUGCUGACAUUCGUCCCUCGACGCUUCCGUGCGAAGUCUGUGAAAGGGGAGGUCGCCCUUAUUACCGGGGGUGCAGGUGGCGUCGGAAGCCUAAUUGCAAAGAACCUGGCCAAACUAGGAGCUCACGUGGUUAUCUGGGACAUCAACACUUCCGCUAUGAACGACACGGUUCGAGAAAUAAGAGAGGCUGGUGGAAAAUGUUGGGGCUACCAUUGCGACAUCGCGGACAGAGAGGUGGUGUACAAAACUGCGAAGACGGUGCAAGUUGAAGUGGGCUCCGUGACCCUGCUGGUAAACAAUGCCGGUUACGUAUGGGGAAAAACGCUGCUGAACCUGCCCGACCAAGAAAUUGAGCGUACCUACAGAAUCAACAUACUUGCACAUUAUUGGAUUACCAAAGCGUUCUUGAAGGACAUGAUGAAGAACAAUUAUGGCCAUAUAGUGACUAUCGCAAGCGUGGCAGGACUUCUGGGAACUUACAGGUGUACCGAUUAUUCCGCUACCAAAUUUGCGGCUAUCGGAUACCACGAGAGCCUGUACACCGAACUCAAAGUUCACGGCUACGAUGGGAUUCACGCGACCCUGGUGUGUCCCUCUUACAUUAACACCGGCAUGUUUGAAGGAGUGAAACCUAGAAUAACGCAAAUGUUGGAGCCCGAAUACGUGGCUGAGAAAGUUGUGUCUGGGAUAUUAGUAAAUCAAACAGUCGUUGUAAUACCAGAGGCAGUUAGGUUCCUGCUGCCGCUUAAAUUUUUACUGCCUGCGAAGUCGUGUUGGGCUCUGAUGUACAACAUUUUGGGCGGACCGCAGUCUAUGAUGACGAUGAAAGAGAAAGGACGGCAAGAGAUAACGAAGAACAAUAAUAACAACAUGAUAAUAUCUAAUGGAGCGUGUAUAAAGUAGUGUGAAGACGUUAGAGACUUUUAAAUCUUAGCAUGAUUAUUAAGGGUGGAGCCCGGUUUGCCGACUUCAAAAAAUUCUUUUCUACAAAUAUUUUUUAAUGAAAAAAUUGGUUCAUAUUCUAGAAGUUUACCAAAAAGAACCGCUUCACAGUUUCUUAAGAAAACGCUGUCAAUAUCACCGAAUUUUUAGCGUCCUGAACCGGGCUCCUCCUCGAGGUAUUUAAAUUAUUAGAGAGACUGACUGUAACAAUGGUAUUUGGUAACCGCCGUUGUAUUUGUUUAAUCUCAUGUAUAUUUCUGUUGAAUAUAAAAAUAUUUAUAACAA